GAUAGCGUCAGAUAACCAUCCAGUGAGUCAGCUUGACUGUACCCCAGCGCAUCUUGCUCGACGGGUCCGAGUCGUCCGUCGCGCAUAGCGUGACCAGGAAUGCGACGAAGGAUAUAUACUGAUUUGGUUCGCGCAGGGCAAACCACGGCAUAAGUACCAUAUACUGUAGCCCGCUUGCAUCCUUCACUGUCCAGUCUGCUACCAUGUCACCGAAGCUUACCGACUACAAGGUCAUCAUGUUUGACGUCUACGGGACGCUCAUCGACUGGGAGACGGCCAUAGCCCGUGCCCUCGAACCCACUCUCGCAGGGACGCCCCUCGCUUCCCGCGACGCCGCCCUAACAGCGUACUGCAGCGUCGAGCGCGAUUUGCAGACCCGCUACCCCACUAUGCUCUACAGCGAGGUCCUCGCCCGGGUCUAUGCCGAGCUCGAGGCGCGCGCUCACAACAAGCUCACGCCUGCCGAACCCUCCGGAACCACCGCAGCGAGCGUCGAGACCAGCACGGGCACGGUCACCUCGGGCACCACCGUCGGGUCUUCCGCGUCAGCAUCUGAACCCCCGGACGCGCACACCGCCUUCGGGCAGAGCAUAGGGAGCUGGGCGCCCUUCCCCGACACUAUCCCCGCGCUGGUGACGCUUAGCAAGCACUUCAAGCUCACCGUCCUCUCCAACGUCGACCGCGCGUCCUUCGCCCACACCCAGCACGCGCUUGAGGGCCCGCCCGACGCGCCGCGCUUCCGCUUCUCGGCGAUCUACACCGCGGAGGACGCCGGCGCGUACAAGCCCGACCCGCGUGCGCGCGAGUACGCGCUGCGCCGUGUCGAGGCGGAGCUCGGCGUCCCGAGGGAGCAGGUCCUCGUCGUCGCGGCGAGCGUGGCGCAUGAUAUUCAGCCAUCGCGUGAGGUAGGCUUGGGGACGGCGUGGAUCUCUAGGAAGGGCACGCAGAUUGGCUGGGAUGAGGCCGAGGGGUCGAAGGCGACAUUCAGGUUUGACACGCUGGGCGAGAUGGCGGAUGCAGUCGAGAAGGAGACAAGCGGAGCAUGAGCAAAAUGUCCCAGGGAUGCCAAUGAUGUUGUCGCAUGUUUCGUGAAGUAAUCGCAUGUAAGACGUGAACUCCUGGACUUGAGGGAGGAUCAAUGGCGUUGGUCCCAAAGGCAACAAAUUUGUCGA